AUGGCCGUUGCGAGUGACAUAGACUUCUACAUAGAGACAGAUAGGCAAAGGGCAGUGGAGAUAGCAUCAGACGCUUUAUCCCUAGAGGACAUCCUCUCAAUCCCCGACGUCUAUGUAAAGUACUUUCUGCUUGUAAACCUUCCCAUGCCGGCUUCUGAAGGAAGCACCCGGCUCAUGAAGGAUCUCAAGACCUUUUUCAGUGAGUUUAUAGAGGCAGAAAAGGUUGUGGAUGUGGACUUCAACCAGAAGAUGGUGGAGUUUGUGAGAAAGACCAUAAUUCCGAUCGGAAUGGAGGAUUUCGUAAGCUCUGUGUGUGAGCUGAAGCUAUCCUGUGAAGAUCUUGAGUACUACAGAGGAUAUUUUGGAUAUAGCCAGACAUAUAGCCUGUACAAGUCGAUGAUAAGGAGAAUCUUUAGUUGUGGCUUUAGCUACAAGGAGAUAGGCCUGGUCAUAGCCUUGCUGGACAACGAAGCAAUGUGCUUCAAGAGGCUCCUGCCGAUAUUUACUAGAUUGACCACGUAUGUGAAGCACAACAUCCUUGACAAGAACAUCGUGGCAUGCUGCAUUGCACUUCGGUCCGUACUAACAUACAUCCCGGGCACCAUGAGUGGAAAGGACGAGUAUGUACUGUCGCUUAUCUCCUAUCUCAUAGGUAUAAUUUCCCGGCAUACAAGCUUUGUGUUCAUCAACGAGAAAGAUGCGGAUGAGAUAAUUUCAACAAUCGAGCUCCUUACUGGGUUCGAUUUUUCUACGGAUGUUUCCAGGACAUCUUCCGGGAUACUCAAGGAAAUCAUAUUCCACCUUGAAUCUCUUUCCAACGGAGCAAUGGCGCUCUACGAGGAGGUUUUUGCAAUGGUGUGCAUAAUGGAGGCAAUUCCAUCAAUAUGCCGCCUCGUGCCUGAGCUUGUGGGGGCCGAUUUCUCUUAUGCAUAUUCUCUAGUCCAGGGACUGGUUCUUCCAAGGACAGAUCACAGAGGGUUGAAUGAAUGGUACAGCAUCCACGACAGGUUUCUUUCUGCAAAGUAUAGAAGCCUUGAAGCUCUAUAUCCAUGGAAAACCGAGUUUGACAGGAUUGUGUUCUAUAAUGAUAUAGAAUCCACAAGGUGCCCAUCAAAAGUACUUAGAUUCUUGGAGAAUCUGAAAAAAGAUGUUUCAUGGUCGGACAUGAUUGUUUUUGCUUGCCAUCCUGGGCAGCAAGAGGAGUGGCUGCAGUUCAUGUUUGAUGAUUUCUUUGUAAGAAGUUCCGAUCACCUUGUGUAUAUUGAAUUGUUCAUAGGGUCUGUCGGGGACAGGGUUGAUCUCCUGCUGUACUCCGGAUACUUGUUGCUAAGGUCCUUUGCACAGAUUGGGGCUGAGAAGAAGUGGAGUGUUCUUGUGGACUUGUUUCUUCGGAACACUCAGAGCACGGAUCAAAGAGCAGUUAGGCUGAGGAGCAUUAUAUCUGACUAUAUAAGCGGCCUGGAGUCUCCGGAGCAGAGAUUGGCCUUCUUGAAGGCCUUUGUGAAGAGAUUGCAAAAGGACUUUGUUUGCUUCGACUCAAGCGUUAUUGAGCUCCUAAAUAUGAUCCUGAAGGGCAGCCAAGAAUUGCCAUCGGAAACAUCAGCCGUAAUUUACUUGUAUCUUCAAGGCUGUGCUGUAGCUGAGGGGAGCAAUGAAAAGGUGCCAAAAGAUCUAGAGACCAUGUAUGUGUGUGCUGCAUCAAGGGCCAUGAUUCUGUCUGGAAGCGCAAUAGACUUCAAGGAAUCAAGCACACACCUAGAAAGGUACUAUGAGCUUGUUAUUUCCUGUCUCUCAUGGACUAAAGGAAAGUUUCCUGAGGAGUAUAUCCACAGGACCAAAGAGACGAUGCUGUACUUCCUGUUUGAGGCAAUGAGAGAGGAAGCAUAUGAGUUAGAGAUGCUUGUGAAAGGCAAGAGCUCGAGGUUUGCAGAUAAGUUCAAGGAGCUUUACGGAUGUCUUGAAGCAUGA